AUUUUACGUGAUGGAUGAAGAUGAUAAUGGCGUCCUUUGUUAUCAUUAUUUGGAUUUGGUCAAUGACAUCUACAAUCGAAGUUACUACAAUUUUCUACCAACACUCAAUAUUUCUUCGACACAAAAAUCCUGCACAUGACAACGGAACUUCCCCCUUCUUCUCCAGUGUAGUGGCCACUGCCCAAGCCUGUAUCAACAAAUGCCACAAUCAGCUAUCAUGCGAAUCUUUGGUAUACGACACUAUCUCCUUUAAGUGCUCCCUGUUUGAAGGAAAAAACGUUAAAGAUGAGAUCAGUAGUAACCAAGUAUUAUAUGAAGUUGUGAAGAAAGCUGUACUGCGUGAUAUCAGUGAUUAUGCAAAGUACCUGUGUAACGGAAACAGUCCUGGAUAUUUCUACAACGAGUCAGUACCGGUUUGUUACAAAAUCGAUUCUCAACCCAGGUCAAUGACUGAUGCCAAGUUGUUUUGUGGAGAAUCGGGAGGGCACCUUUUACGAAUAGACACGGAAAUCAAACAGAAGUUUGCAGAAAACUUAAAUUUGGAAACAACAAGCUCAGUAUCAAAAUAUCGCAUUGAUGGCAAGUAUAAUGGUACAAACUGGACGUUUUCAAAUGACCAAGCAAUAACUCAGUUUUAUUGGUAUCCGGGAGAACCGUCAAGGGAGCAGAGCAGCUCCAGAUCUGUUGGACUCAGAGUAGCGUAUAGCGGUAAAUGGGACGAUAUUAGGCCUUCCGGAAGUCACGGAUGCAUUUGUGAAAAGGAUAUCAAAUUCAAUUAGUUAGAAUCAGAUGAAUCAGCAAAUAUUUAAGUUUUGAUGAUUAGUUUUUACGCUACAUAUAGUUGCUUCAGUGGCUAUAUAAAAGCUGGAGGUUACGAGAGUAGUAACCCGCUCUUUAAAUGAGAGAGAGAGAGAGAGAGAGAGAGAGAGAGAGAGAGAGAGUAUCUCCCAUGGAUUGGAUGGUCUUAAACCGGGCCUCUGCCCCAUAUUUUUCGAUUAACAUGUAGAUUGAAAUGGUAAAUUUGAGUACGUAUAUAUGUUAUAUAUUGUUUCUUCAUUCUGCCGCUUUCAAUCACUAUUCAAAACUUUUUUAAAACUAAAAUGUUAUCUUUUCUGUUAUAAGGUUCUCAAAAAAGCACGGGACCGGUGGAAAACAGCAAAGUAAGGGAAUAACAGCAUUGGGAUUAAAUAUUGUUGAACUGUUCAGCGCUUUUUUAAAAUCAUUUCAGCUACUGCUCUGCGCAAGCACAUUUAAUCCCAUCACUGAUAUUUCCUUACUUUGCCCCUUGGCACCAGUCUCAUGUUUUUCUUUUUGCACUGGUGUCUUAAUGCUACCUUGCAACGUUGGCAGAUAACGCCCCAUAUUAUCAUUUUUGUUGCACCUGUACAUAUGCUUACAUCUACAAAUAUGUUUUUUGAUUAUGCAAUUUACAAUAAGGACCCAGGGAACGUUUAUAACCUAACAAUAGUUUUUAAUUUAUGUAUGUGCUUUUCUGGUAAAAAGUAUGUUUUUAUAGUCAAAGGUUAGCAGCAAUCUUGUGGGUCCACUGCAUAAUAUUUUGUCCCUAGUUUACUUUAUUGAUUGUAUACAUGUAUAUGUUUACUAUUUGUCAUUUAUUUUAAUUUGUCCUAAAUAA